AGGCAACGAUUGCAAUGACGACGACGACGGCGACGAAGACGAGGGACGAGGAUAGCUCCUUCUUGGUCGACGAAUCGCUGAACUGGGAAUAUCGACUUGAGCUGAAAGCGGUGCUCAUAUGGUCUGGCGGUCUCCCGGAGCUUUUCCUCCUUUCUUCUCGCUUGUCUCCGUUGCCUCUUUCUUUCUCCCUCUCGGGGGGUCUGUUGCACAGAAUUGGGUUUCAAUAGGAAGGGGGCGGAACAAGAAAAGCCCUCCGCCCAAUUCCCUUUUUAGGUUUGCACUUUUGUGGGUCCUCGCUUUGGCCCUUUGCCUUUCGGUGCUUUGCGAAAAGGGAAGGGAGCCCCGGUGUCGGUGUUGCCUUACUGUUAUGCUGCCACGUUCUGUGGGCGCGGAGUGGUGAUGAUCUGGCGGAAUGAGCGGAUUCAAGAUGUGCCUAUUUUUCCUCGAGCGAUGGUGACGAUAAGAGUGCAAUAAUACUCCCCCCUCAUCA